ACACCAGGAAGACAAGAAGAGGAAAAUAACCCCAACCAACCAACGCCACGAGACAACGAUCUUGAAGUCCAACUUCUGUUUUUGACUAGCAGCCGCUCCGCGCGGUGGUAUAAUAAGAAUUUCAUGACGUUGGGUAGCCAAUAAGCAAGUUGAGGGGGCGUGACGUAAGGGUCCCCGUAGAAAAGGCGCGGAGUGUAUCACACGUCCAGAGACCGUGGAAUCGGAAUAGGGCCGGCAGGCUGCUGCUGGAGUCUUGACGGGGAUUAUACAAACUGAAUGUAUAGCCAACUCCUCCUCCUCAAUUACUCACACACAGCUCUACUGGCACGAGAAAAAACUUCCGAAGAAAACAACAGCUCCUUUAAGAGUCCGAACCCGACAACCAGCAUCUGAUACUGAUUUUUUUAAAAGCAACGGUCGAUUCUUGUCUUUCUUCUAAAAGAUUAGUAAUAAACGCUUUCUCGCAAAAGCAUCACCAAACUACGCUUUUGCAUUCAGUUUAGUAUUGCGUUUGCCUUCUUGCAACGAUAGAUUGGCAGCAAAGAAGCGGCAGAAACAAGGAGAUGCUCCGGUCGACUACAUGCCUAUAAGACUUUGUUUUAUCAUUGUUUUUCCUUCCUGUUGUUUUGGAGUGUUUCUGGUGAUCCGGUUAUACAAUGCUGUAUUUCUCCAGUUGUGAGCAGUUACAGUAUUCCUUGACUCUUUUCUAUUUAAAAAAAGUUAUUUUAUAAAGAAAAUAAGAAAUAAAGAUAGAACGGAAGAAAGAUAUUGCUCCCCGAAUGUUUCGCAAAAUGUGGUAGUCCUCGGUUACUCGGGAAGAUAUUGGAAGAAUCCGUAACUGACUUCUGAAGCUGGGUCUUCGAUUGCUGAUCUGAGGAAAACACGUGUAAUUUCCUCCCUUCCGCCGCAGCGAUGCUUUUCCACGGCCUCCCCGGAGGCGAGAUGCAUGGUGUCAUGGACGAAAUGGACCGGAGAGGAAAGAGCGAUUCAGCGGGGAUCAGCUCGGCCAUAGAUAUGGGGGAAACCGAAACGAACAUGCCCUCCAUCAGUAGCGACCGCGUGGCUCUAUGUGCGGGUUGCGGUGGAAAGAUCUCCGACCGUUACUACCUGCUUGCCGUGGACAAACAGUGGCACAUGCGCUGUUUGAAAUGUUGUGAAUGCAAGCUCAACCUGGAGUCCGAGCUCACCUGCUUCAGUAAAGACGGCAGCAUUUAUUGCAAGGAAGACUACUACAGGAGAUUUUCCGUACAGAGAUGUGCCAGGUGCCAUCUCGGGAUUUCGGCGUCAGAGAUGGUGAUGCGCGCGAGGGAUUUAGUGUACCACUUGAACUGUUUCACCUGUACGACCUGCAACAAAAUGCUGACUACCGGGGAUCACUUUGGCAUGAAGGACAGCUUGGUGUACUGCCGACUCCACUUUGAAACACUCAUACAGGGGGAAUAUCAAGCACAUUUUAAUCAUGCGGAUGUAGCUUCAAACAAAGGCGGGGGACUAGGCACAGCUAACUCACUUGGACUGUCCUACUAUAAUGGCGUUGGCACUGUGCAGAAGGGACGGCCGAGGAAACGAAAAAGUCCUGGACCUGGAGCAGACCUGGCGGCUUAUAAUGCAGCUUUGAGCUGUAAUGAGAACGACGGGGAUCACCUGGACCGGGACUCUCAGUACAGCUCCAGUCAGAAGACUAAGCGCAUGAGAACCUCCUUCAAGCACCACCAGCUGAGAACCAUGAAGUCGUACUUUGCUAUCAACCACAACCCCGAUGCCAAGGACCUGAAGCAGCUGGCCCAGAAGACAGGCCUCACUAAAAGAGUACUGCAGGUCUGGUUCCAGAACGCUCGUGCCAAAUUUCGACGGAACCUCCUGCGUCAGGAGAACACCGGCGUGGACAAAGUCUCCGAUGGGUCCACGCUGCAGGGGGGCACUCCCUCCGGCCCUGCCUCCGAAAUCUCCAACGCCUCCAUGAGCCCCUCCAGCACCCCGACCACCCUCACAGACCUGACCAAUCCCACCAUGCCCACAGUGACCUCCGUCCUGACCUCUGUGCCCGGCAGCUUGGACGUCCACGAGUGCAGGAGCCCCCCACAGACCACGCUCACCAGCCUCUUCUGAUGACGCCUCCCGCCCCCUACUCCUGCCCCGCGCUCCCCCUUCUCCUCCUCACUCCUCCUUUCCGCUCACACGGAUGUGAAACAUAAAUAACAUAUGACCCUUUUUUUACACACCAAAAUGGAGAAAACACACGAAAACCAGACCAAGACUCCCCUUAGUUUUAUUCCAAGCCUAUUUUAGAAUCUUUGUAUGAGUGGCAGCCAAGCCUUAUGGAGCAGUUGGUGUUGUGUAUUAUUAUUAUUAUGAUAAUUAUUAUAAUUAUUAUUUUUUGCUGUUUUUUGGAGAACUGAAGAGACUCUUGUUUUUGUUGUUUUUUGUUAUGUCUCCACGAUGUUUACAGACAGAGACUGAAAGAGAGAGGACUGCUCAGUUUUGAAUAUUGAUUUCUAUUCCGACCCCGUUUUUAUGUAACUGUACAGAGGACACUGUAAGGGAACUGACCAUGGAAAUGAUGAUAACUAUGAACAUAACAGGAAGCUGGAGAUUAAUUAAAGAUAGCAAAAUAGCAAAGUUAUCCCAAGACUGUCACGUGCCUUAUAUACCACUUUGUUUCUAAACAAUCCCCACAAUAUUCAGACAUAGUUCACCCCCCACUUUUACAAUUUUUUUUUUCUUUUGGCCCCGUACGUGUAUGUUAGGUGUCAGACACGGGACAGGAGGACUGUGCUGAAGGGCUCGGAGCGUGUGUGUUUAUGGGCUCCAUGCUGACAGCGCUAACGCUAUAUCAAAGUAUCCUGCCGAACGUCUCCGAGCUUCUGCAUCCGCACCACACACACCCAGAGCCAUCAGGGCUACCACCGAGUGAACGCUCGCACUUUGCACUGCUCGAAUACUGUGGGUACGCCAACCCCACCCGCUAAAACUCUUAAAACAGAGAGGGUACAAACGGGUUGUUACACUGUAUGCGCUACAGUAUGUGUCCACGUGUGCUCAUGCUGGAAACAAAUUGUAAUUUAUUAUGCUGAAGAAAAAUGAUUAUUACUAUUAUUUAUACAGAAAAUAAAUGGGAAAAAAUUAGAUUUAACAGUACUUCCAACACCUCCGGCAAUCGCGUUCAGCCAAGCACAUCCAGUUGGCUUACUGCCCUUACAUUAUUUUUUUUUUCCAUUUUGGGAAAAUAAUUGCUGCAGUCAUAAUUAAAAAUACACAAAUGAAUGAGGUAAAGUAAUGCAAUUAUUGCCUCGGUAUUAAAGAGUUAUUGCGUGAAAAGAUGGCACUGGCGACAGACAUAACAUUGCAUAGAGAAGCAGGCACUACAGUGACAGGUGCUGUGGUCUUUACAACAGGACCGAACUUAGGACCGUACUUAGUACUACAGCAACACUGUUACCUGGCACUGAGGGGUUCCCACGGCUCUGGGGGUUCUUGAUUCUCCCAUGUUUAUGGCGAGAGAUGAACUCGCUGCCGAACACUAUUCUGUCAGGUGAGCUUCAGUAUCCCGCAGCCAGACUCACAGCUCACCUGUAAGCCACAUCUGUCUCGCUUUUAUCCAGUCACACCUCUCCCAAACUGCGACGCAACGUUCACACUGCAAACUAUGAUCCAUGCCGGUUUGGCUGUGGACUCACUGUACAAUUUGUCGAGACACCGAGCUCUACAUUCUCCGCAUCUCAAAAUUCCGUCCUGCCCCAAGCAUUCUGUUGAUGGAGCUCUGUGACGCUCCUCAACAGAUUUGAUUGUGACAGGAUCUCUUUAGCUGCGUUAGGAAGUGAAGCAGAGAAGGUGGUCUCCCUGAUUUAUGGCCAGUGGUUUAUGUGUGUGGGGAUGUGAGCCCACUGCUCUUGUCCUGAAAACGAACAAAUGAAAAAAGAUGCGUAUGAAAUACAGUUUUUGUGUUAAAAUUUAUACAUAUGUCAAAACUUGAUACUUUGAUAAAAUAUAUCUGCAAAUGAUAAUGAUAUACAAUAACGAUACCUCAAUGACGGAAGUACCUGAAUAAAUGAUAGUGCUUUUAGCAUUCGUUCUUCAGGACAUGACAGAAAAGUAGGAAUCCGCUCUAUUUUCUGUUUACAAUUUACAAAAAAAAAAGAUAAACAGCAGUCAAUAUAUUUUUUGAAGGUAGAAGUACAAUUUGACAAAGAAAUUGGUUGUAUCAUAUUAUACUGCUGCAUGGUAGUAUACACCACUCACUGUGUCUACAGCAGGACAGAAAAUGACAGCACAUACACACACUCUCUCUCUCUUUCUCUCGCACGCACUCACACACACAUGCACACACGCAAGCAUCCAAGCACACAGCACGCGCAUGCACAAACAGAGACACACGUCUUACCUCAGCCCAGAAGCAAAUUUGCUACUGUGGAGUAUCAACACUCCAUUUUAAAAAUAACAUUGCCUUGGAAGUUGUAAAUUGAAUUUAUGCACUGAAAACUAACACUGAUAUUUUAAAACAAAUUUUGAAUUAUAGUCAGUGUAAUAUAUUGUUCUCUCCAGCUUAUUGGCACAUGUCCAACUUUUCAACAAAUGACUAGAAAGUGUGGAAGCAGACAACGGGGGCUUUAAUGACUUUGUCCUUAAUGGAGCUCAAAUAUUAUCUUCUGGGUUUCGUUAGCAAAUAUCCAAAAUACACAUAUACACUGCUGAAAUGAAGAUUUCAAAAGAUCUCCAUUUUUUGCAAUGAAAAAAAUCAGGGUUUUUUUUCUCAGAAGAGACACGGAACAUUAAGGACGAACACGCACGUAUGACGGUGAGCGAGUCUUAUGUGGGGAGAGGCUGCCAUCCUUGAAAUUGUGACCUACAAAGACCCUGGCGGAGGCAGGAGUGGGCGGAGCCUACCGGUUCGGAAUGCUGUAUAAUUUUUACCUAGUUCAUGUUGUUUUCUGCACACUCUUGUACAGUUCCCCUCUGUUUGAUGUACUUUAGUCUUCAGUUCUGUAAAAACAUAAAAAAUGAAUAAUA